UGCUUGAAGAGAAUGUAGUAUCCAAAUAACAUUUCAAGACUUUACAGAAAAUAAAAAAUAGAGGUUUAAUGGGCAGAAAAUUUGCAUUUAGGCCUAUGUAUUGUACAAAUAAGAAAUGAGAAGCACCCCAGGUAGAACGCGACGACAUAAACGCGCUGCUGACACAGUAAAUAUUAAGCCUACUGCGUCCUCUACCGGUUAGACUGGUUAGAGUACCGCUAUUCGCCGCGGUGAUCAGCUGUGAAUCCGCGGCUGCUGGUGGUAGAUGCGUCCACUGUAACUUCAAAAUGCUGGCUCACGAGAUCCGAAAGCAGAAAACCAACAUGGUUGAGUGAGGAUGAGACUACCCAGCUCUGUCCUUGUGUCGGUCUCUUUGUUUACGGCCGAGACGACGGCUGCUCUGUAUCUGAGCAGCACUUAUCGCUCCGCUGGUGAUCAGAUUUGGCAGUGUUUCACGCUCCUCUUCACGCUUGUGCCAUCCGUGCUGGUGCAGCUCACACUGAUCUUUAUUCACAGAGACCUGAGCAGAGACAGACCUUUAGUGCUGCUGCUUCAUAUAUUACAGCUAGGACCAAUAAUAAGGUGCCUGGAUGCUUUCUGUAUCUAUGGUAGUGCCGGAAAGGUGGAGGAGCCGUAUGUCACCAUCACCCGUAAGAAGCAGAUGCCCCGGGAAGGACAGACCGAGGAGGUGGAGCAGGAAGUGGGGCAGGCGGAGGGGAAGUUAGUCACCCACCGGGCUGCUUUCGCCAGGACCUCGGUCAUACAGGCCUUCCUUGGUUCUGCACCCCAGCUCACGCUGCAGCUCUACAUCUGUGUGCUGCAGAAAGGGGUGUCCAUCGGUAGAGGUACACUGAUGGUCAUUUCCCUUCUCUCAAUUGUAUAUGGAGCCCUACGCUGCAACAUUCUCGCCAUAAAGAUACGUUAUGAUGAUUAUGAAGUCUCCGUGCAUCCAUUGGCAUACCUGUGUGUGUUUCUGUGGCGAGGGUUCGAGAUUGCCACACGCGUGGCCGUUCUGGUCCUCUUCAGCUCCGUGUUGAAGGUAUGGGUGCUUCCGGUGGUGUCGGCAAACUUCGUCCUGUUCUUUCUGCACCCGUGGGUUCUCUUCUGGAGCAGCCGCUCUCCAUUCCCAGAGAACAUUGAGAAGACAUUGACCCGUGUCGGGACCACUAUUGUCCUCUGCAUGCUGACCUUCCUGUAUGCCGGGAUCAACGUGUUCUGCUGGUCUGCCGUUCAGCUCAGAUUGGACGACCCGGAUCUGAUUGAUAAGGGUCAGGCAUGGAGGCGCCUCACUGUGUAUUAUUCCCUCCGUUUUGCCGAGAACACGGGGCUGACUUUGAUGUGGUACAUCCACCGGACUGAGUUCUACCAAUGGGUGGAUGUCCCCGUGUUAGAACUAUCGCUGUUUUUGGGUUAUGCCACAGCUGUGUUCUUUAUGUUGCUCUUUUACCAGUUUUGCCACCCAUGCAGGCAACUCUUCUCAUCAAGUCCAGCCCAGGGCUUUUGGGAGUGCUGUGGAUCCCUCUGCCUGCUCCGUGGGAUGCUUUCCCAGUCUGGCUCCAUGAGAACCAAGCCACCAGGGAAAGACGUUGGAGAUGAUCCACCCAGCGUUACCAAAGGGGACAUCGGGCAGAGUUUGUGCGGCACAGUGUGAGCAAAGCACAUUUUGCAGUUUUUUUCACUGAUAUUCAUUGCAUGGACAAGAACAAUUCUCUUAUAUUAAAUAUUUUCUCUUGCGUUCAACAGAAUGUUUUUUUUUUUUUCAUUUGGAUCAUGAGAGUGAAUAAAUUAUGACAGUACCUUUACCUCAUGAAGUGCCCUUUUAAGGAUCAAAAGGGAGAAAUUAAAUUAAAAUGUUGGAUUUCUGCCUUGAUACUUGUGAAAUGGAAAAGUGAAUAUACUUAUACUUGUUUUGUUUAUAAGGCAAACGAGCCAGCAUGUUCCACUGAAGUGCAUGUGAAAUUUCCUAACAAGAUGGAACCGCUGCUUUUGUCAUGUGAUGUGGGAGCGCUAUGUCGGUGUUGGUUUUAAUAAUGUCAUAGCUUCUACGCUGUCUAUGUGUCUGGAGUAUUUAAAGCAGAUUUAUUUAAAAAAUUGCAUUUGCUUGAGUUAUAAGCUGUUGAAUUUUCCACCACCUUGAGGCCAUUGCUUUCUGAAAAAUGUUUGACAACCUCUAAGAUUCAUUAUUAAUAAUUUCUUCUAGUUUAUCUUAUUAAUCUGUUCAUACUGCGUAUAAGACUGAAAUGAGUCCCGAUUGGUCAUAUGAUAGUGUCCUAUCAUAUGAUUACAUAUGGCCUAAAGUCAAGCAAUUCAGAAUUGCUUUCAAAAUGUAAGGACUUUUGGAUUGUGAGAAUUUUUAUGGACAGUUGGGUUGCCAGGACCUUCAUAAUCCUGCAAAGAAUGAUUUAAUUGAUUGUUUUUUCUUUCUUUGUUUACACUCCUGUUUUUAAACUUUUACACAUUAUUCAGAUUUUUUCUACAAAAAGU